AUGGCGGCGUCGGUAGUCGGGGUCGGUGAGUAGGCAUGCAGCUUGAGCUGUGCGGGCCUAUUUGAGAUCUUCCCCGGCAGCGAGCGAGCUAGCAUCCAAGCUGACGUUGGCGCUCCAACCGAUUGGCAGAUGAGGUCAAGUCGCGCGACUCCACACCUGCUGAAAGCGGUAUGCUGACUCAGUACCGUAAGUCGCGUUUUCUUGGGAUGUCAAAAGCUAUUGUGUGCUUCGGUCUCUGCAUGCUGAAGUCUCCUUCCCGUUCGUUGCUGUCGAUCUGGAUUGCUAUGGGAAGUUUACAAGCGCUUCACCUGCUUCAAGGCUUCCGACAAGAGCUGCAGACUGUGUUGCUGCAACACUCAGGUCGAUUGCAACCAAGUCUGCGCGCCGAAUGCUUCCCAAUGCUGAUUGAAGAGGAAGCACCUAGCCUCGAGUGACAAGCUCCACGCCGAGCAUCAAGCACUCUCGCAUCUCUAAAAUUUAAAUUAGAUUACUCGAUCCGCUGAUUGGCAGUAUCAAUGUUCUUACGCCUGGUCAUUGCUGUUGACAUGAGCGCGACAGUCCGCAUGGCAGCAAGUGAAGACCCGUGGAGACCGCAGUCCGGGCGAAAUGACUUGGUUGACCUGUGCUAG